ACAGCGUUUUGUCUCGCGAUGACAUUCUACCGCUGUCUGGGUUCUUUGGAGUGGAGAGCAUGAAAGACUAGUCAAAUAUGUACAGAGCUAUCAAUAAAACGUAUUUCAAACAACUGUCUGGUCUCCUCCAGCGGUUUCAAAGCACCUUGGUGAUUGCAGAGCACAACAAUGACAAGCUGACACCUAUUACACUAAAUGCUAUCACUGCUGCAAAGAAGCUAGGCGGAGAUGUGUCCUGUUUGGUUGCUGGAACAGACUGUACAAAGGUUGCACAGGAAAUCAGCAAAGUCCUUGGUGUGAAGACCGUUCUAAUAGCUCAAAAUGAUGCUUACAAAGGCUCUCUGCCAGAGGAGUUGACUCCCCUUAUUUUGGCAACACAGAAGCAGUUCAACUUCACUCAUAUUUGUGCUGGAGCAUCUGCUUUUGGGAAGAAUUUGCUUCCCAGAGUGGCUGCUAAGUUGGAUGUUGCACCUAUUUCGGACAUCGUUGAGAUCAAAUCCCCUGACACAUUUGUCAGAACCAUCUAUGCUGGUAAUGCCCUCAGCACUGUCAAGUGUAAUGAAAGUGUCAAAGUUUUCACCAUCAGAGGAACAUCCUUUGAGCCUGCUGGGGAGGGAGGCAGUGCUACAUCUGAGGAAGUUGCUCCUUUGGCUCCAGUUGGGAUGUCGGAGUGGCUGGAAGCAGCCUUGACCAAGAGUGACCGUCCAGAGUUGACCAGUGCUAAAGUUGUGGUGUCUGGAGGAAGGGGCCUGAAAAGUGGAGACAACUUCAAGUUGCUUUAUGACCUUGCUGACAAAAUGAAUGCUGCAGUUGGUGCUUCCAGAGCUGCUGUGGAUGCUGGAUAUGUCCCCAAUGACUUGCAGGUUGGACAGACUGGCAAGAUAGUGGCCCCUGAGUUGUAUAUCGCUGUUGGUAUCUCUGGAGCUAUACAGCAUCUGGCGGGGAUGAAGGACAGCAAGAUCAUUGUGGCCAUCAACAAGGACCCAGAGGCCCCCAUCUUCCAGGUGGCUGACUAUGGCCUGGUGGCGGAUCUGUUCAAGGCUGUCCCUGAGAUGACUGCAGCAUUGAGCAAAUGAGACCACCGUUCCCCCUCUGUUACCUGGGUAUCAGCAGUAGUCUCACAGUUCCAACUCUCCUAACACCUCUGCCUUAAACAGUCUGGAGCUACUAUUCUGUAGUAAUGGUGUCAUCACUUUCUGUGAAUGGAAACAGAACAUUGCUCUUAGUUGGCUGAUUGUCGGUUUUUGUACAUCCGUAUGAAAAGCCACCAGAACGUUGUGCUUACAUAAAGCAAGUAAAAUGUGUGUCCUUAUUAGUGCAUCGUUUGUAAUGUAUUUAACAUAGCAUCACAAUAAAGGUCAUCUUGUGAAGUCUAAA